AUGGCAGCUAAAAGUAAAGGAAGAAACAUUAGCCCUGUGAACAGUGAAGGAAAGAACAUUCUAGACACCGGAAAUAGCAUGUGCAAAAAAGCCUUGGGGAGCACGGGAGCCACCCUUGCUACAUUUGAGGAUCUAAGAGAAAAGCAGCGUGCCCGAGUCUACAGGAGAAUUCCCUUUGAACCUGCUAUGCACAUUAAUGGCAAGAUGACAAAGCAGCGUCGAGAGCUGAGAGCUUCAGAAGGAAAAUACGAUUUGCUGACAUUCGGAGAACUGCGCUCGGAGAAGACCGAGUGUGGGCGCUACGGGGAGCACUCGCCCAAGCAGGACGCGCGCGGGGAGGUGGUCAUGGCCACGUCUGCCCACGACCGCCUGGCCUGCGACCCCAACACCAAGUUCGCCGCCCCCGCCCACGGCAAGAACUGGAUAGCCCUGAUCCCCAAGGGCAACUGCACGUACAGGGAUAAGAUCCGGAACGCGUUCCUGCAGAACGCCUCCGCCGUGGUCAUCUUCAACGUGGGCUCCAACACCAACGAGACCAUCACCAUGUCCCAUGCAGGUGUAGAAGACAUCGUGGCAAUAAUGAUUCCUGAGCCAAAAGGGAAGGAGAUAGUCAGCCUGCUGGAAAGGAACAUCACCGUGACGAUGUACAUCACCAUCGGAACUCGGAACUUGCAGAAAUACGUGAGCCGCACUUCGGUCGUGUUCGUCUCCAUCUCCUUCAUCGUCUUGAUGAUUAUCUCCCUCGCGUGGCUGGUCUUUUAUUACAUCCAGAGGUUUCGAUAUGCAAAUGCCAGGGACAGGAACCAGCGCCGACUGGGAGAUGCAGCAAAGAAAGCGAUCAGCAAGCUCCAGGUCAGGACCAUCAAGAAGGGUGACAAGGAAACAGAAUCCGACUUUGACAACUGCGCAGUUUGCAUUGAAGGCUACAAGCCCAGCGACGUUGUCCGGAUCUUGCCCUGCCGGCAUCUUUUCCACAAGUCCUGUGUUGACCCCUGGCUUCUAGACCAUCGCACCUGCCCCAUGUGCAAGAUGAACAUUCUUAAAGCCCUAGGGAUCCCGCCCAAUGCCGACUGCAUGGACGACUUGCCCACCGACUUCGAGGGAUCCCUGGGGGGUCCACCAACCAACCAGAUCACAGGCGCAAGCGACACGACCGUAAAUGAAAGUUCAGUCACUUUGGACCCUGCCGUCCGGACUGUGGGCGCCUUGCAGGUAGUCCAGGAUGCAGACCUCACCACGCAGGAGGGAGAAGCCAUCUUUUCUACCAACAGUGACCAGGAGCCAGCUGUAAGCAGCGACUCCGACAUCUCGCUGAUUAUGGCCAUGGAGGUCGGACUGUCCGACGUGGAACUUUCCACUGACCAAGACUGCGAAGAGGUGAAAUCUUGAAAUGGCGAAUGUAGACACACGGGACGGUAGGACCCAGGGGAAGGAAGGGAGGAGCGCCCGGAGACUUGGACGGGGCGCGCGCGCUUCCGGAACACCUGGCACCUCCAGGACGCUCCGCUCAAGGACGGUCACGAAAAGCAAUAUCCAAAGUCACGUUAAUCGGGAUGCAGCUUCUCUAUCUCUACGACAGCCCAUGGCCUCGGCAGCUCGGAAGUUGAAAGCUGAUUUUCCCUCCCACGACCUUGUAAAACACACACUCCAGAAGCUCCUAAAACAGACUGAAAGGACACUUUUAGGGCUUCUUAGUUUCAUUUCGAUUUUUCCCAGGUCUUGUUUUCUUGUUUUGGAAUUGCUGUUUGAUGUCUUCGGCAGUUUGUUUUCAAGACGAUGUGUAGUUUCCUGUAGGGCCACUCCUUUGUUUUUCUUCUGAUUCACUCCAGCUUUUAUACAGAGUUCUGUUUAGAAGCACCGGUUCCGGAUGUGAUCGGUCUGUGAUCAGUCUGUAUUCCUUCUCUGAGAUCAAUGGUCUUGACCUCAGCAUGACGUGUGCAUGGCUUUGGGAAGUACCUCAGCGCCUGAAACAAUCGAAGGCCAGCUGUCAUUAAGAAUCUAAAUUCUUUUAAAUGGAUCUUGAAAAUCCCGGUUGCCAGAGACCCCAGCACUAAGCCCUGAAUCUGCUGAGGCCACUUCAUUAGUAUCAGCUACAUCGCACCGCCUCUCACUUGCCAGGCUUUGGUAAGGGGCCCACGGGACAUAAGGAAGAAGCCUUGGGGAGACACUUGCAUUUGUCCAGACCUCACAGUCUUUGGCUGAAGUUUUGAACUCAGAAGUCCCCUCCAGGGCAUCAAGGCCAUUCUUCCUGGCUAUGGGGCUUGUAACUGGGACUGCAAGCCCAGUUUAAGACCAGAUAUCACGAAAUCUUCCUGAAGUACUGGCUUUCCCAUGGCUAGAACGGGCUCUGUUACCUCAAAUGGCUUCUGCAGGAGGCUUUAUAAGAGAGCCAAUCAGCUUUGAGCCUUGUGUCCACCCCAGUGGGGCCUCAGCCGCACCUAAGUUGUACCUUGAUUCCAACACCCUUGUUACCCCUCACCAGACCUGGAGGGAGGCCUUAGGUGGGCCUUGGCAGAUCGUUCCCUGAGUGCGUCUAGAUACCAAGUCAAGGGGGAUGGGUGAUUUGAUGGACACUUUGGUCUUAAAAAGUACCGCAUGGCAGUUGCCUAAAUCGGGUUUCUCCCGACUGGAAGGGACAAAGAGGGAAAGGAAAAGAGGUUUCAGAUGAAUACCAUGACCCACCGGUGUUUUGAGAUUGUUUAUGUUUGUAUCCUUUUUUUUUUUUCUUCUUUUGUAACUAUGACAGAAGUGUGCUAUUUUUUCAGUGGGCAGUUUUGUAAUCCAUUUAGCCUCUCCCGAUGCAGAGUGACUCAGGUGGUGCACAGCUUCUCCGGGUGAUCACGAUCGCCUCAUCCUCUGUGCAAAUGCCAUGCCGCCCUGUGGGUGGUUGGCUCGGAACGGAAGCUUGACUCGCUGAGUUCUCUGCGUAGGUAACAAGGCUUUCCCACCCCCUUACGCUAAUACUCAUCCAAAAACAGAGAUCGGUUCUGCCAUAAAACUUUGCUGCCUGCUGAAGUGGGGGAUGUACGUGCAGGGAGACCGCGGGGUGCUCCUUAUUCACCACCUUUAACCCGUUUCCUAUUCGAUGCUUUCUGAGUAGGCAGCAAGGCGAGGAAAAUGAUUGCCAUCCUCAGAGACAUCACAUCUCUCUAGGAGUCCAGCACUGCCCGUCAUGAACUCCAGGGAGGAACGAAGACAGCACUGGACCGGGAGUAAGGAACCAACCCUCUAUAGACGAGCCAUAUGUCUGUCGGGCCUCCACUUCUCCGCCUGUAACGUGGAGGAGUUAAACAGGUGACGCCCGAGGCUCCUUCUGGCCUUAAGAUCACCAGUGAGCACUGUGCCAGGGAGUCCAGGUUUUGCAGAUAGCCAUGACAUGUAGCUGACUUUCUACCUUGAGGCGGGGCAGAAUUACUGGACGUGUAACAUAUAAUAACAGCUUUUGAGAUUUGGCACUCCUAUGUUGCUGAAAAGGAAUAUCUCAAUGAGAGAAGUUUUAAGUGCCAGUUGGAGUUGUUUGGUUUUGCCUUGUUUUAAAACCGCCAUUCGUGACAGAGUUUGCAAUCUGUGGACACCUUCAAGUCCUGGUUGCCAGUGUGGGAUUCUUCAUCUCAAGGCGUGUCUAUUUCUCUGUCGGCAGAGGCCCGCGCCACCUGCUCCUCCUUCAGUCAGCUUUGCCCAAAACAAAUUUUGGUAUUAACUUAAGUCAAGUGGAAUUAGAAGGACAAUGCAACAGCCAAAGAAAUGUACGUUCCAUACCCAGAGAGAACAUGCCUUUGGAUGGCAUAGGCCUCUGUUCGAUGCAUGUUCUCUGGUCCUGCCGGUGACGAGGUAAAUCGGGAAUUGGUUGCAUGUGGCCGCAGCAGCCCCUGCAGGAUGCUGCGUGGACGAUGAGGGGCCCAGGAGGCUCAGCAGAGGCCUGCAGACCUGAGCCCAAGGAUGUUCUGUUACAAACCCCUGAGCCUAGUUCGAGUUUCUCCACCCACCUGAGGCUUGUUUCUGUGGGAUUCUCCUGUGCUUUCGGCAGUGAAAAAGAACACUUAACCGGUAUGGAAAGGUCCAAAAGAAAAAGAAACAGCCCUUUUCCCAUAGUGCUUCUCACCGCUUCCCGAGACCUGGGGACCGGUGGCUCACAGAGGGCGUCAGAGGGCUUAGGAACCCUCUAGAAGUAGAUGUGGACUUGAUGUGUAUUUGCAGAUGUGCAUUUUGCUGUUUUGAGUGUCUAGACCAGCACUGUCCACUAGAAAUAUAAUGCAAGUCACAUGUAUAAUUUUAAGUUCUCUACUGGCCACAUUAAAAAAGGUAAAAAGAAA